AUGGACAAGAGAACUCCGGUGAGGAAGCCUCACACUUCUACGGCAGAUCUGCUCACUUGGUCGGAGAAUCCGCCGGAGUCUUCCCCCGCCACCGCCUCCUCCGCCCGCUCCCACCAGCCGUCGGAUGGGAUCAGCAAAGUGGUGUUUGGUGGUCAGGUUACUGACGAAGAAGUUGAGAGCUUGAAUAAAAGAAAACCGUGCUCGGGCUAUAAAAUGAAGGAAAUGACUGGCAGUGGUAUUUUCAAACCAAAAGGAGAAAAUGGUGCAUCAGAAUCUGAGGACGACAGCCAAACCCCAGCAAACAAAACCGGGCUGCGCAUGUACCAGCAAGCAUUGGCGGGUGUGAGUCACAUAUCGUUUGCCGAAGAAGAAACUGUUUCUCUCAAGAAACCAACUACUCUUCCUGAAGUUGCAAAACAGAGGGAGCUGAGUGGGAAUCUGGAAAGUGAAUACGAAGCAAAGUUGAAGAAACAAAUUUCUGAUGCCAAGAACAAGGAGCUCAGUGGCCACAAUAUAUUUGCUCCACCCCCUGAAAUUCAACCCCGCCCUUUGUCUGCUCGGGCUUUGGCAUUAAGAGAAAGUAUCACCAUUGGGGAACCCACAUCUCAUAAUGUAAGUGGCUAA